AUUAAGGAAAAGAAUCUUCAGGAUAAACUAUCAGUGAAAGUAGUUGCACAACGAUAAAAGAAGAUGUAAUUCUCUUCCUAAUUUGGUAGUUGGCAUAACUGGUUCAUGUUCCAAAGUUCUUCUGACACAGUCAACACAGCUAUUCCUUCCUACACUCCAAUAUAGCCAUCUGGGUAUGUUCAACUUUUGGUGUUCAGAGAGACUGCACCAAUCAUACAGUGAUAAAGUCUCAUACUUUCGGAGUUUCUGAAUCUGGGUUUUUCAUUUCAGGCUUCUCAACAUCUAUUUCAAGAAGAUUAUUGAAGAAAUGAAGUGAUUUAUCUUUAAACUUAGAAGGCCAAACCGAAACUAAGGAAUAAGAUGAGCCAAAAGGUAGCUUAUACACCAUUUUCUUGAUUUCUGAGAUUUCCUUGAAAACAUGAUCGUGUCUGCACUGUUGACAUCUGUUGGCAUCAACACGGCUUUGUGUGUGCUGUUCUUCACACUUUAUUCUAUAUUGAGGAAACAACCGAGCAACUAUGAAGUUUAUGUGCCACGCUUGCUGGCUGAAGGAAUAUCGAAGAGGAGGAGUCGUUUCAACUUAGAGAGACUGAUUCCUUCUGCAGGUUGGGUUGCAAAAGCAUGGAGGCUUUCUGAGGAGGAACUGUUGUCGUUAUCAGGGUUAGAUGGUGUUGUGUUUAUGCGCAUGAUAACCUUCAGUUUGAAAAUGUUUACCUUUGCUGGGAUGAUUGGGAUGCUUGUGAUUCUUCCAGUUAAUUGUUGGGGAAAUCAGCUAAAAGAUAUUGAUGUUGUGGACUUUGUCAGCAAUUCCUUGGAUGUGUUCACCAUAUCAAAUGUAAACAGUGGCUCUCAUUGGUUGUGGGUCCACUUCAUUGCUGUAUAUAUUGUCAGUGGCUUCAUUUGCAUGCUACUCUUUUUUGAAUAUAAAUACAUAUCGUCUAAAAGAAUUUCUUACUUUUAUUCUUCCGAACCUCAGCCUCAUCACUUCACCAUUUUAGUUCACAGCAUUCCCACUUCCUCUUCUAACAGCAUCAGUGACAGUGUUGAGAGAUUCUUUAGUGAGCUUUAUCCUUCUACAUAUCUGUCGCAUGUGGUUGUUCGUCGAACUGGUAAAAUUCAUAGCCUCGUGAGUGAGGCCAAAAAGUUGUAUAAAAGAGUUACUCAAUUACGAUCAGAUCCCACUCGACAGAAGCGUAUGAAUCGUGGUAUUUCUGGAAUUUUUAGGCAGAAAACCAAUGUUAUAGAGGAAUAUCAAAAGAAAUUAGAGAACAUUGAGGAGAGUGUCAGAUUUAAGCAAUCAGAGGCUUCAUUGGCAGGAGAAGAGGCUCGAGCUGCCUUUGUGUUCUUCAGGUCUCGUUUGGGUGCUGCAACUGCUUUUCAUAUAAAGCAAUCAGUCAAUCCAACCCACUGGAUUACAGAAUUUGCUCCAGAACCUCGUGAUGUGUAUUGGCCUUUCUUCUCUGAAUCAUUCAUGCGUCGAUGGAUUUCUAAGUUGGUGGUUGUAGUUGUGUGUACUCUUUUCACUAUAUCAUUCCUUUUACCUGUAGUAUUCGUACAGGGACUUACCAACCUUAAUGAAUUGGAAAUUUUGUUUCCCUUCUUGACAAGUCUUCUCUCCAUAAAAUUUUUCAGUCAAAUAGUGACAGGAUACCUCCCCAGUCUUAUUCUUCAGUUGUUUCUGAAAGUGGUGCCUCCGGCCAUGAAAUUCCUUUCCUCCAUUCAAGGAUACAUCUCACACAGUGAUAUAGAAAUGAGUGCAUCUAGAAAAGUGCUGUGGUUCACAGUAUGGAAUGUCUUUUUUGCAUCUGUAUUUUCUGGCUCAAUUCUAUCCAUGCUGCAGGCCAUCCUUGAUCCUAAGAACAUUCCUGCGAAGCUGGCAGUUGCAGUUCCAGCACAGGCAUCAUUUUUUAUUACCUAUGUUGUCACCCAAGGAUGGACAAGUGUGUCUUCAGAACUGUUCCGUGUAAUUCCUUUUCUUUUCUGUCGGAUAACAAGGCUUUUCACAAGUCCAGACGAAGAUGAAUUUGAAGUUCCAUCUAUUCCAUACCACAAGGAUAUUCCGAGGGUCCUUUUUUUUGGACUUCUUGGUAUUACAUAUUUUUUCCUUGCUCCAUUAAUUUUGCCAUUCCUCUUGGCCUACUUUUGUCUUGCAUACAUCAUAUAUCGAAACCAGUUCAUAAAUGUAUAUGCACCAAAGUACGAUACAGCUGGGAAAUUUUGGCCUGUUAUACACAAUUCAAUGAUAUUUUCUCUGGUACUCAUGCAAAUUAUUGCAGUGGGAAUCUUUGCAUUGAAAAAGCUUUCUAUGGCCUCAACUCUGGCAAUGCCUCUACCAGUCCUCACACUUCUUUUCAAUGAGUACUGUCGAAAACGAUUUCUUCCCAUAUUUGUUGCAUAUUCUGCAGAGAGUUUAAUAAAGAAGGAUAGGCAAGACCAAACUGGUGCUACAAUGACACAGUUUUAUGAGAAUUUGGUGAAUGCUUACAAAGAUCCUGCAUUGCUUCCACUCCCAUACUUACCAAACUAUGACAACCUUCAGACUCCCCUUAUACCUCAGGCUUAAUUCUAAGGCACAAGGGUUCAAUAUUAGUAUUUGUGAUGGUUCUCUCUACUAUAUGAUGAGAAAUAUUCACAUUUCAUGAGCAAAAGGAGGUUAUAUUUUCUUGUUUGUGCAAAUAGAGAAGUCUUGAAUUCCAAAGGAGUGACCAAUUUUUACCACUUUCAUAGAUGAAGAGCCUAAAACUUACCUAUAACAUUGUUUGUAUAUAUUUGUUCUAAACAUAAUAUGUCAUAGCCAAAGAGAAUGCUUAUUGCUUAAUUGCCACAUUUAGAGGAGUAAGUGACACUAAAUUUGGUGCUUAUUUGAGCUGUAUAAUAUAAAUUGUUUAGAUUUUUUUAUGUUA